UCUAAUAGGAAAAGAGGCAUACAACGCUCGCUGUGCUUGCUUGCUUGCUGGCGAAAAAUCCCAAUUGCGCCCGUUAGUCUGUGGAUAGUGCUGCUAAAGUUCGGUUAGACGGUCGGUGGAAUUUCGUGUGUUUUCCUCCGUUUCGCAUACCCACUUGCCUGGCUUGACAGAAGAAGUUAUCUCAUACAAGUGUGUGUUUCUUAUUGUUGUUGUUUCCCCCCUCCAACGCUGUGCAAUUCGAAUUGUGAUUUUUUCUACAACAAACGAAUAAACAAAAAAAAAGAAAGAAAACAACAACAGCACACAGAUCGAUUUUUUGCGUGCUUACACAAUUUUAUCGCAAAAUGAAAUGAAAAAAAAGAGUGUUUAUGCCAAAUAACCAAAAGAGUGAAGUAAGAAAAAAAUAAAAAUAAAAUAAAAACAAAACAACAUUGGAGAAAUCAACGAAAAUUAUCAGCAAAGCAAAAAGGCACAAAUAAAUGACACCUUCAGCAACAACAACAACAGCACAGUAGCAGCAGCAGCAGAAUUCUAAUGGAAUUUUGUUAAAAAUCAAUAAAUCAUUUCCCCAACAGAAAAAAGAGGUUUCCUUUUUUUUAUUCAAAACAAGAAAACAAAGCUGAACGUCGUGGCUUUGUGCAAUCAAAUAGAGGCUCUAGGAUAAAUUAAUACAAAACUAAAAACUACGAAAAUAGCUAAAAAAAAAAAUUAUGCAACUGCUGACACAAUUGACAACAAAAAGUACGGCGACAACUACAACAGGCUGUGCCAGCACAGCGAAUAGCAACAACAGCGCCAUCAACACCAAUGCAAAUCAUCAGACCAAGUCAACAGGCAAAAUGGAUAAAUUCUAUCCGCCAAGGCCAAAAAUCAAUGCCUUCAAUGAACUGUUCAAGUGCCAACUGUGUCAGGGUUACCUGAUCAAUCCGACAACGAUAGAUGCGUGUACGCAUACAUAUUGUCGUAGUUGUAUUGUCAGGCAUUUGAGCGAGGACGAAUUCUGCCCCCAGUGCAAAGGAAAUGGAGGCAAGACCUUAAGUCCAGCCAAUUUAAAAUCCGAUAAUGUUCUGCGUUCGAUCGUCUACAAACUGGUACCUGGUUUAUAUCAAAAAGAACGUGAGCGCAUAGUGCAAUUUGUAAAUAAUACCAAAAAUGAGGCCCCUCAGCCCCUGGGUGGCUCGCCGCCAGAACCCCUUUCUUCGUUGCUGGAAAGUGAUGAUGAUUUCAUUACAGCCAGAGACUCGAUUAGUUUGUCUCUGGAGUUCCAUCCCUUUUUGGCCAGUCAAUGUGAUGAGGCCGAUGUGCCGCCCGUUAGAUAUCUCAAGUGUCCGGCCAGUCUUAAGAUCACACACUUGAAGCGUUUCCUCUGCUCAAAAUUCGACAUUGAUCCCUGCAAUAGGAGAGUGGACAUUGAGAUUAUCUACGAGGAUGAGGUUUUGCCCAGUGAUUUCACGCUCAUGGAUGUGGCCUAUUGUUACCAAUACAAGGGGCAAUCCCCUCUCAAGCUUUUUUACAGAAUUCUUCUUUUUAACGAUGAGCAACUGGCCAAGCCAGAGCAUAAGGAGGCUAGUGUUGAAAAGGUUUCGCCAGAGCCCAGCACCACUAAUCUGGAACUAAGAGCAGAUUCCGGCCUAGAGACCAAGAAAGCCAUACAGAACUCCUCUUCACUCGCCAAGGCGGCUGCAGACGCUAGGACCAAAUCCUCCUCAUCCUCACCUUUUAUAACGCCCUCGGCUCCCACCUCCAUAGGCAGUAGCAGCAACUCCUCCAAAGUCAAAUCACAUAAAUCGUCGGCUUCGAAGCCCGUCGCCACUCCGCCAUCUGUAAAAAUGACCCUCUCCUCGCGACCAGCUGAAUCAAAGAAAUCGGUUUCAAAAAAAUCUUCCCUGGCGGAAGAUUUCACUUUGCCCACCACCACCACCAACGAUUUUAAAUCACUGCGCAGCAAUGACAUACGCUACAGUCAUUACGCGGUAACAGCUUCGACUACAGCUCCCCCCACGCCCGCUGCGGCCACGACCACGGUGACCACAGGCUCCAAAGUCAAGGUGAAGGCGCCGAAGGAGGAGAAACAUGCGUCGUCGAAAUGUGAUAUUGUGGUUAGCAUUCCGCACAAUCAAAUGCAAGAUGAAUGGGAUUCCAAGCCUUUGUCACAGUUGAAGACGGCCAGCAAGAAAUCGCCAAAUACUCCUCCGGCCGCCCUCAGCUACUCGACCGUGGUGGAGGAGACAAAGCCAACGGAUGCCAAUAAGAAGGUGAGGAAUGUGCCAAAGCUCAAGAUAGAGUUGAACAGCUUGAAGACCAAGCUGAUUGAGAAGCCCAAGUCGGCAGACAUUCGACUGGACACGCUGAUGAUAACGCACCCUCACAAGCCCCGAAAGUUUUCGCUGGACGAGCCUCAGGCCAUUGCGAAUGACAAGGUUGACUUGCAGACCUAUGUGAAGAACAUAGGUCUGAAGCCCAUAGAGGUGCAGACCAACACCAGUACCCCAACUACUCCCCAUACUCCCUUGGAGACGGAGCUUUCGGAAAAGUUCACUCCCAAUGCCUCGCCGCGUUCUUCUUGUUCCUCUUCGACCACCUCCUCAUCGAAUGGCUAUCUUCAUGUGACGGGGGAGAUUUCAAAAUCCUCCUCCUCCUCGCACAAGAAGCGCAAGAAAAAACAUUCCAAAGAGCCACGUGACUCCAAGAGAAAGAAAAUGCACGCGGAAAUCUCCUCCCAUGCUGCGGACGAGAGUCUAAAGAUGAAGGUGAAGCUGACAACACCGUUGAGCAUUAAACCUUCCAAAUUGGAGAGUAAAAAAUCACCACCAUCCUCAGACAAAACGGAAGGGUUCUUCUUUGCCAAGCCUCCCAAAUCGCCAGAAACAAAAAUCAAAUUGGCAUUUGAGCCUCUGCCCCCCUCAAAGGAAACGCAGGAGAAGCCCAAGGAAAAAUUGAAGACUCCUUCGGAUAAGAAGGCCAAAGAUGCCCUGAAACUACAGCCCUUGGCUAUAAAGACUUGCAAGGAUUUCGAAGAUGACGAUGACAUCAGCAUGCUGCCGGACAUCACCACCUCAUUGAGUCUCAGCAAGCCUUUGACGAAUUUGAAGGACUCCAAGCUGCCACAUUCUCCUCCGCUGCCUCCUAGUCUAUUUAAAACCACACCGCUGACCUUUUCUACAUUUACGCCCAAUGUGGUUACCGCGCCCAAGUCCAAGUCUGUGGUCACACCUGCCAAACCCGCCAAGGACCCCAAGCCAGUGCAGCCAAUACGAAUGAAAACAUUGGCCCCAAAACCUAUGCCCGCCUCCAAACCUCUGGCCGUGCCCAUAAAGCCGCCUCAGUUCGCAGUUCCUAAUCUACCCAAGUUGAUGGCCUCAAACUCCUCAAAGUUCCUUAACUCCACGCCCUCGUCCAUAGCCAGCUCGGCCAGCAAGCAAAUGGGCAACUUACUCAAGCGUUCGGCCUCCAUGGAUGAGGGCAAAUCGAUGGCGAAGCACCCGAAACUGGACAAGCCGCAUCAGAUUACGGUGAGUGCCUAUGGUAGCAAUCUGCAGGUAACCCGAGUGGAGGUGCCCGCCACCCCAACAUCGUCUACAGCCAAAGCCACCUAUGAGAUACCUCUGUAUUCCCCCCUCUCGGCCUCCUACAAUCCCAAAUGUACAUUCAGUGUGGGCUCCUCCAGCGCUGGUGGCCGAACCCAGACGGGCGCCCUAACUUCUGCCUCCCCCACAGCAGUAGCAAAGGCGCCCAUGUUUACCACCAGCAUGGCCACGAAGAAACCCGAAAAAGAUAAGGCCAAGGCCAAAUCUAGUCCCUCGGGGCUAAGUUAUGGCAGCAGCAAAACCUCGCCAGUAAUGGGUCCUCCUUUGUCGCUGGGCAAAUUGAACACCGAGGUACCCAUGUCGGUGAAGUCACCACCAGUUCCCACGCUUAGUGCCAAUAAAGCUUUGUCGCCCUCGCUGGGCAUGGUCAACUCUAGACCUGGCCUGUCAGCCUGUCAAGUAACGGAGAAGAAGACCGAUGCCACAAUCUCAAGCUCUCUCAAAGCGAGUAACAAUGGCCCUUUGGAGAAACCCAGCAGCAGCAGCCUGAGACAAUUUCGUUUGCCCUCUAGGGAGUCGGCUCAGGAUAUUUUGGAUUUAUCAGCUGCUCCGAAGUCAGCGAACGGCUUGCCAGCCGCAGAGAAGAAGUCCCCUGCCGCAACCACAGCUGGCUCGUCUUUGGAGUUGGCCUUGACCAAAAUCAAACAGAACAUCAGCAACAACAACAACAACAACAACAACCAUCAGGAAAGCAAGCCAAGUCAGUUGGAUUUGAAACCCAACUCAGAUGAUUUGCAAAAUCUGCACCUGCUGUCCGAGUCGGCAACGGCCCGGGAGAAAAUCGCCAUAAACUCGCCAACCUCCUCAGUCCCAUGUUCGCUGUACGACAAGGCGAAAAUCAAUCAAAACUCCCUGGUGCGACAACAGAAUGCCUCGGUGCGCAGCAUACCAAAUCCCUCGGCCCUGGCCUUUCGCAAUCAUCAGCCUGCCAACACCAUACCCAUGGUUACCAUAGCCGCCCCCUUGGUCUCAGCCCUCACCAAUGCCGAUGCCGAUAAGUCUCUGCUUUCCAAGCCCCUUUCGCCACUCAGCGCUAUGCCUCAGAGUCCAAACUUUACUACCUCCUCGCGCAAUACCUCCAGUGCCACCUCGCUCACCACCAAAAGGCAUCCCUCCAUAGAUCAGGUGGCCGCCAGUCUGAAUAUACGCGCCACUGCGGCUGCUGCCGCCGAAGCAGCCACGGCCAAGUCCAGUCUAAAACAAUUGGACGAAAUGGCCAUCGUUACAUCCACAUCAUCAUUAGCGGAAACCAAUGGAGGAAGUAAACUCAAGCAAAUAAAACAGGAAACUGUGGAGCAAACGCCAACAGCGGCCGCCAACAGCAGUUCACAUUGCCAACAACCCUCGUCAACAGUGCACUCGGCCAUGGCAACAUCCUCGGAGGUUGUGGAAAUCAAAAAAGAACCUGAAGAUAGAUUCUCCGAUUCAUCGGCGAUGGCGGAUGAACCACGCGACCAAGUGAAUGCUCUCUUUGCAGCGGCCAAGAGCAGCAGCGGCAGCGGCAGCACUGGUGCUGCCACCACAGCAAUGCCAGUGCCCUCGUCGCUGGUGUCGAAGGUUGAAAAUCUUGUGACGUCAGUGAUUAAUGUCUCAACACCCACAUCCAGUUUGUUGACCACAAGCAGUGCGGGAUUUUGAAGUUUCACCACCAGCAGACACUAGAGCUCAGUUACAACAACAACAAC